AAGUGCUGUAGAGUCAGUCUUACAGUUUUUGUUCGAGAUUUUCAAUAAAGAGCCAGUACAAUGUGUUUAAUACUGUUAGGUUGUGUGCGGGUAAUGUAAGAUAGAGAAUUUGUAUCUGUCGGCAUCGAGAUUUGUGUUUAAAGUUUACAGAAGAUAAACAUGUCUUGUCCAAGUCCGUACAUUGGAAGUAAAAUCAGCUUGAUAUCAAAAGCGAAAAUACGCUAUGAAGGAAUAUUGUACACGAUAGAUACUGAGAAGGCAACAGUUGCUCUUGCCAAAGUGCGUUCUUUUGGGACUGAAGAUCGACAAACAGAUCGCCCCCCUGUUGCUCCGAGAGAUGAAAUUUAUGAAUACAUAAUAUUCAGAGGGGCAGAUAUUGAUGACUUAACCGUCUGUGAGCCCCCGAAGCCAACCCCUCCCCCAGCAGCACCAACUUUGCCACAGGAUCCGGCAAUUGUUCAGUCCGUAGUGACAUCACAGCAGUCUGGCCCUCCACCCCUCCCACCAUUCGCAGGCGGUGGUCUCUACAACCAGAUGCCACCGAAUUAUAAUGCCUACAUGAACUACCAACCAUUGGCACCAGGCCAGCCAACAUCUAUGAUGGAUAAGCCACCAGUUACAAGCAAUGCAUUGCAAAAUCAAGGUCCAACAAGAGCAGAAAAGUCAUCUUCACCUGUAUCACUCGGUCGAUCCUCGCCAACCUCUGAGCAAGGAGUUCAGACGGGAAGUCCUGUUGUUCCUUCACAGGAGAGAUCAACUCAAAGGAGAACUUAUGAGAGCAACAACUAUUAUAACAGUCGUAAUAAUUACGAUAAUCGCGGAGGUGCAAGACAUGAUAACAGAGAAGCUGAAUAUGAGAAUAGAAAUCGGGGGUACAAAGGUCCACAAAGCGGGUAUGAGAAUCGCAAUGGAGGUGGACAAUAUAAUAACGAUGAUGGCGAAGGCAGAGGGCGGGGACAGCGUCGUAAUUAUUAUUACCGUGGACAGAAUGAUGGUCAUUCCCAAAACUAUAGAGGACAGAGAAGCCGGGGAGGGCGCAGAUACAACCCAAGAAAUGAUCCUUUAAAAUUUGAUGGCGAUUUUGACUUUGAAGGAUCAAAUGCACAGUUUAAUAAAGAGGACAUAGCUAAGGAGCUUAUGGAUAAACUAAAGAUAACCUCUGAUCCGAAGGAGAGUGAAAAAGUAAAAGAAGAAGAAAAGGUUGAUAGUGGAGUGGACAGUGGCCAUAAUAAUGAAGUUACUGAUGAAUUAGAUGAGAAUGAAGAAGUCCCGUAUUAUGAUAAAACAAAGAGUUUCUUUGACAAUAUAACUUGUGAAACAAACAAUCCAAGAGGGGAACGUAUUUCUUGGACUGAAGAGCGAAAGCGCAACACUGAAACUUUCGGAUAUGGGUACCGAGGUCGUGGUAGAGGAGGUUACCGGGGGCGUGGGGGUUAUAGAGGCAGAAUGCCACCAGGUUCAGGAUAUCGGGGCCGUGGUGGGAACCGGGGUGGUUAUCGAGAUAAUAGAUACAACAACUACUACAACAACCGUCGCGAUUAUAAUCGAGAUCGUGGUGAUGGACAGCAAUACAACUACAACAACAGAGGUGGCAAUAACAGCAGAGGUGGUUACAAUGAUAAAAGUCGACAAUGGGUCAACUAUGAAUACAAAUACGACAAACACAAUUCGAGCAAUUCACCAACUGCUGGACAGACUCAAUCAAGCACCUCAUAAAUGAUCUUCUUGUUCCUCACCAGUUAGUUCCCUAUGUAUAAAGAAAGACUUACUGGAAGUCUCGGGAUAGUCCUCCAAGUAGUUCAUCUACUUUGCCAUCUUUGUUACCGACCAUGAUUUUGUUAGCUGCUUAAUGUGAUGAACCAAGAAUGUUUCAGUUGCUGCAUCAACUCGAUUAAAAAAUUCUUAUUUGUGUCUUUAUUCCUUCAUGGAAGUCCUAUUUUUUUACGUUAAAACUUUGUUUAGCUCGGUCGUCGUGUUGUAGCAAUUCAGUUAACUGACGUUUCAUCAUCACAAAGUUUUCACUACUGCUGUUGUAAGAUUAGUUGUGCUUGAAAUCAAAAACAUAUGUUGCUCUAUUUGGCUUGUUUUGUUGUCUGUAUUCUGCCAUGUCAAUUGGGAGUAAUUUGUUUCAGAUAAAGCUAUUUCAACUUUAGCUUUCUAAUUCCAAAAAGUUUCAAACCUUAAAAAUCUAAAGGAGCAUGUGCAUUCUCAAUUCUAGACUAAAAGACAAGUCUUUCUAACAUUUGAAUUGAAAGUUUAAUAAAAAAUUGAACACCACCA